AAGUUGCAAGCGGCCUCUCAAUUGACAGCAUGGCUGAAGUACAGAUUGCUCCUCUCCGUUCCAUGAGUGAUUUUGUAUUGGAUUCUGCUAGAUUUCAAGUUCCUAACAUCAAAGACGCAGAGAAAUGGGCGAACAGAGUUCUGAACAAUCUAUUGUAUUACCAGACGAAUUACUUUUUGGUAGCUUUGAUCGUCUUUUUAUUGAUUGGAAUUCUUCAUCCUGUUAAGAUGGUGUGUGGCUUUGCUGCCAUAUCAGUGGCAUUUGGUGUCUUUGUAUAUUGUACAAACUCACAAUUCACAGCUCGUCGAUUUAAACAAGAUCAUCCACUGAUUAGUGUUUUAAUAGUGUUAGCUGUAGGUUACCUUCUAGUAUAUAUGAUUGGGGCAGUGAUAGUAUUCAUGUUUGGCAUAGCAUUCCCAUUGCUUUUAGUAAUUGUUCAUGCAUCACUUAGAAUGAGGAAUGUCAAAAACAAGAUAACAAAUAGAAUUGAACAUAUUGGAUUGAAAAGAACACCAAUGGGUAUAAUAUUGGAAGGCUUAGGUCAAGAGCAGGAAGCUGGAUCAUAGAGUAAGAGAUGUUUUAAAUGAGAUGGAAUCUCAAGGAUGAUGUGCAAUGUUAACCAGCUGUAAACACAUGUGAUAAGAAAAUUAUUAUUUGUACUAUAUAAGUGGUUUCUGUUAGUUUGUGUAGUUGUGGUAUUUGGGUAUCGUUUUAAUUUAAAUCUUGCCUUUAUUAUCACAGGCACUUGUCUCAGAAAAAAAAAUCCUAUAUACCUUAUUAUAACACAAGGUACUUAACUUGCAUUUUAGAAAAAUGUUAGGUGGUGACGAAGUUCCGUUAUAUGCCGCUUUACUGGCUGUCAACCCCACUAAAGCUUGUUAUAUCGUAAAUCUAAAUUGAUUUAUCUAUACAAUGGUGUAUAACAUGCCUACAUUUGUUGUCGAAAUCAUCCGUAGC